CACUGCCGUGCCACCAGUUCCACUAACAGGGUUGCCGCCGCCGUCCUGUGGGAGGGAGAAGGGAGAAAAUACAUGCAUCGCAUCACACCAGAGACCAGACCGGCUUUCCAAGUUCACCACCGUUCAGUCAACAUCGGAAAUCGGACUGAGGAACAUCUGUUUUGCUGGUAGUCGAACUCGUGAUUGGUGAGAUUACAGAACGCGUGUUCUCUGCCAUCAUGUCGGUACAUGCUUGGACGUCACAUUUUCUACCAACGUUUUUCUAGUCGAAGAAGAACAAACCAAAGUCACAGCCUUUACAACUUGUAUCAGUCAAUUAAUCAAGGUUUAUUCAUCAGUUUUAGUGGUGCCUUUGUAGAUUUUAUCAAACAGCGUGAAUAAAUAUAGUGUCGUAAAUACUACGUGAUCCUCCCCAUACUUUAUCAAAAUCCCAACGUGACUAAGUGAUUCUCUGUUUUGUUGAAAGGACCUCAUCCUCAAUUAUUGGUGACGAUAGUUGAUUAUGAUUUUUGUGAGCUGAUACUACAAACUGCCAAGCUGACAGGUUAUAACAAGCUGAUUUCUGACUGCAAUGGGUCGUCGAAGACGAUGCUGACUAGACGAAACUGGGUGUUGCGAUUUAGCAUUGUGCUCAACCUAGUGGUGCUAUUCUACUUUGGCACUCACAUAGCUUCAAAAAAUGGAGGAAUGGACAUUAUUGAGGAGUUGCAGCAGAGUGGGAGGGAGCUGGCGGCCAUGGAGGAGGAGAUGGCGGUGGAGGGGGGAAGGAGGCUGAAUGGGGUGCAAUCCAUGCCAAGUGCAGCCGCACUGGUGCUACACACUUCUCCUCAGCAGGGCACAACAUCGCAAUCGACGAGCGACAAGCGACAGACGCGUGUGAGCACGACCGCGGCUAGCACGACCGAACGCAAGGAGACGAGCAGCGGCGGUAGCAGUGCGGCUGCGGGAGCGGGAACGGUCAGCGCUCUGCCGCAGGCGGAAGCGACCCUGGAACAGCUGAUCCCAUGCCACGACCGCGACGCUCAGCCGUUCACGGCGCAACGCGGCGACUUCUGGGUGCUGUACAACUACGUGACGGCAGCCGCACGACGGCCGCACUGCUGGGAGAGCAUCACCUACACGACACACGCCGACUACACGUUCCUCGACAACCUGCAACCUCUCCUCGAGCGGUGGCGCGGUCCCGUUUCGCUCGCCCUCUACGCGCCUGGCACUGAUUUCGCUCAGACUCUCAACACCAUCAGGUACCUUAAAGACUGCGGCUCCGAUCUAGUCAACGAGUUCGUCACGUUCCACAUCUACUUUCCGUCGAAGCACAUCCCCAAGCAGAUCCCGCGCGGGGAAGCCAUCCUGGGGGGCGGUGGCGAAUCCACCAACUGCUCCCUGCCCGCCCCCUGGCUCAACCAGACCGGCGCCCUCUACAAGACGCGCAAGAAACUGCUGUACCCGGUGAACGUGGGGCGGAACAUCGCCCGGGAGGCGGCGACCACACACUUCGUGUUGCCUUCCGACAUUGAACUGUAUCCUAGUCCCGGUCUCAUCCCCGAGUUCCUCGCGAUGGUUCUCAGGCAGGAGCCGCCGCUGCUCAGGAAGAACCCCAAGGUGUUUGUGCUCUCCAUAUUCGAGCUGGAGAGCAAUAUGAACCUGCCCGUUAACAAGAAUGAGUUGGUGAGCAUGGUGCGCAACGGCUCAGCCAUCUCGUUCCACAAGAAAGUGUGUCCUGGUUGCCAUAAUGUGCCCAAGUCGAAGGAGUGGCUGAGUGCGGCAUCCAGUGGUGAUACCAUGCGAGUGUUCCACAUAGGCAAGCGCACUGGCUACUUUGUGCACUGGGAACCCAUCUUCAUCGGCACCAACCACGACCCCUUCUACGACGAACGGCUCAGCUGGGAGGGCAAGAGCGACAAAAUGACUCAGGGCUAUACGCUGUGCGUGCUAGACUACGAGUUCCACAUCCUAGACAGCGCUUUCCUGGUGCACAAACCGGGCAUCAAGACGCUGAAGAAGGACCCUGCGCGCGCAGCUCUGUCGGCCAAGAGCAACGCGCUCAUCAGCCGAGUCAUCUUCCCCGAACUGAAGGUGCUCUACGGCACACGGCGGGGUUGCGCCGUCUGACACACGGCUGGCCAACUUAGGCCGCCAAAACCCUCCUCCGAUCACAGACUGCUCAGCAACAAUAGGUGACAGAAGCAGGAAAAAGACUCAUGGAAAGCUGACGUCAGAAGAUGGUACGAAUACGCUUUCACUGUGUCCGACCAAGCUCCCCAACGUUAGUGUCUCAAAAACCUGUACCAAGCAAAAAAAACUCCUCAAUGAUUCUCCAAAUCGUUACACAAAUCUGUGAACAAUAAUAGUUGGUUGUGUAUCAGAAAGACAUGAAGCAAAACGGAUUUUUCCAUUUAUAUGUUAGGAACGUGUACAUAAUUAUAAAGUGAUCCGCCGUAGUAGGUAGCAUUAAAAUAUUAGAGCCAUUAUAAAGGACUGCUAUUUUUAUACGAUCAAGUUAGACUUAUAACAAGCCAUACUGUAAUGAUAUUAUAAGAACUAAGGACUAGUGCUAUUUAUUAUAAUUGAAAACUAGAUAAUAAUAGUUGAAUUUAGCCAUUGAUAGAUAUACAUAUAUAGUUUCCUAUUUAUUUAUUCACUUGUAUUUUAUCGGUCAUUGGGUGCCAUUUUUCAUGGUAGCCUCUUCCAUUGUUAUAUUAAUUGUCGUGUUAUAUUUUCUCAUAGACGUAUGCUGUGUUUAUUAUCAUUAUUGCCUAUUUUUAAAAAUUGUUUAGGUCAGCUAUUUUCGAUUUAUUGAUUUUCAUGUAUAUGAAGUGACGAAACUGACAUCAACUUUGAUCAAUUUUACUCCAAUUAGUAUUAAAUAAUUCCACUUCCAUGUAAAACAUUAAUUAUUUCUAGCUAUUAUACUUUUUAUAUUAUUGAGCCUUCAAGAGCAAAUAAAUGUGUUGCUAGUUUUUUUCUUAAUGAUUUUUAACAAGACAUAAUGAAAUAUUUAAAGUUUUAAUACACUCCACGUUCUGUUAGAACGCGUUAUUGGAAAACAAAACGAUAAUUGUAUUUUCUCAUGAUGUAUGCAAUAUAAGGUAAACGAUAAGAAUACGGAACUAUUUUAUUGCAUAAUUAUGAUAUUCCAUUAAUGUUUUCCAAUUUUUAUUAAGUUUGUGAUCUUUUCUACGCACAACAUUGACACAUUGUACUAUUUUUAGAGAAUAUAGGAUAAAACAGAUUUAUAAAUGGGAAAACAUCACUUAUUAAGUUUUUUUAAGAGUAGAAUCUGUUGGGAACUGGAUUCUGAAUAACGAGUCCCUUCGCGUGGUUGCAAUAAUUAUUAGUGAUCUUUUAUGUGGGCUUCAAAUUGUUUCUCACACUGCAAAAAAUUUGUAGGACUUUACUCACACAAAAUUAAAGGUAAAAACUUUUCUGGUUAAUAGAAUAGGUACUAGAUUUGUAUGUUCUUUACAAUGGAUGUCAUAGUUCUAUUUGAUAACUUAAACACCAAUAUUUUCAAGUUUUACAACUGAAAUGUGCGUAAAUUUUAUAAGAAUUUAUUACAGAAAAGUACAGUGUGCCUUUCGAAAAUGAUAAUUUUGUAAUAGUUGUAAAUUAUGAAUAAGGGAUCAAUUGAUUGAGGAACUACAAUAGUAUUAUAUAUUGCGAAAAAUCUUUGUAGUUGUAUUUGUAAUAUAUUUCAUAUGAAAAGAAGUGAAAAUAAAAAUCUAAGUAGCCUAUCAUUUUUCUUAAUUGUUUAUUCACAACAUGUUCCGGCUAUGAUGCCAUUAUCAUGUAAAAAACAAAACAAUUUUCAAUGCAAUAUUGUUCUAGCAAAUGUUAAUGAUGCUAUAGUUGAAGCUCGAUCAUAUAUUUAUUUUCCCCAAAAAUGUUUUUUUAAGGAUGUUAUACAUGAAGUGUAACACGUUUGUAUAACACGUUUUGUCAUAUGUUGAUUCUUCAAUCCAAAGGGAUAAAACUUUUUAAUAAAUUAUUGCGGAUUAUGUGUAACCUUAUCUAAAUUUGGGAGAGGAAUAGAACAAGGAUACCUUAUUUUUUUCUCCCUAUCAUUUUAAUUAUGUACUUUUUGUAUAAAUCAAUUUUAAUUCAAUUCAAUUUAUUUCUUUUUACACACACAUACAAGUCCAAUACAGAGAUUAACAAAAAGAAUACCUGCAAGCAACAACAACAACACAAUACACAUUAAAACAAUUUUCAAUGUGAUUUCAAUUGAUUUUCAAUGAGGCUUGUUUUGGCAUAAAGCUGUAAGCCUCUAUAUGUUGUUGUAAUUUUUCUAUCGAUGUAAAUAAAUAAAUAAAUGAAACAAAAUGAAAAGAAAGUUGUGCAACAAAAGGAUGGAAGAUUGAAGGGGUUUUCCAACCAUGAAUAUCAAUGUACUAGGAAAACCUUAAAAAAACCUUCGAUAAAGAAUAUUUGAAAUUAUAUUCUUCUCACAUUGAAAGUAAUGUUCUCGUGAAACAAAAGAAAAAAUAUUUUCAAAAUUCUAUACUUAUUACAAUACUGUCAUGGAAUUUCAAAUCCUAACUUUUACUUCUAAAGUAUAUUUUUUUGUAGAAACAUCGCUCCUCAAUUGAUUGAUCCUGACCAAACUGUCCAGCAUUGAAUAAUGUGCUUCAUGAUUGAAGAGAUGCCUUAAUUGAAAGCAAAGUUCAAUGUUUAAAUAUUUCUCAUUUCUAGACUCAGGUAUCUGUAGUAUUUGUGAGUGGUAUAGAACAAUAUUUUUACAAUAAUUGAACGUUUUUGUAGCUCUUCAUCGUCACAGCAUGUGUUAGCAUCAAUCUUGUCUGCCUGAUUCCAAUUUAUUUAUUUCAAUCUGUACAAUCUAUAAAACUUCCGGGAUGUAUAGGAUUGUGCCCAAAUUUGUUCAUAUCCCAAUUUUUAAAUAACUGUUCAAAUAGCUAUCUUUGUUUUGGAUCAAGUACUGUAAGGAUAUUUUUACUGAUAAUACUGUAAUUUUAAACUUCCUGUUUGGUUGCUUUCCAUUCAAAUAUUGUUAAAUGAACUAAGUUUCACUUUUUAUUUAAAAAAUACUAUUCUCCCAAUCACUUCGAAUACAGAAUAACAAAGGGUUGACCCAUGAUAGAGGGUUUUCUCAUUUACUCAUAAUAAUACAGUAAAGAAGGAUCCUGUAUGUACCAAAAAGUGUUGUAAAGCAAACACAAUGUUGAUGAUUCUCUAGAAAUUAAGCGAGGAUUUUGCCUGUCUGUAUGCCAUUGACUAAAAUACGAUAUAGCCAUUGAACAAACUCCAUGUUUGUGAUAUAAAUAUUUGAUUGUAUGGUAUGAGAUAUUGUGGUAUUUCUCCAUACCUGUAAUUAAAAGAAUAAGACGUUAUUAAAAAUAUAGGUAGUGGUAUUGACAAUGGUAUCAACGUCUUAUUCCUUCAAUUUAUGAUACUACUUGUGAUUGAAUAUUCAAACAAUGUUCAAAACAAUUGAUCAAAAACAACCUAAUAUUACGUUGAGUUUGGAAAUAAUCUCGAAUUUCUCACAAUAGGUGAAAGAACAACAGUUUGCUGAUAGCUUUUAGAUAAUGAAAGUUAAAUGUUUCAGGACUAAUUCAUGUGGUUUUGCUUGAAAAAAGUGAAUAUUGAGAUCUCUGAAUUGAAUGAAUCAGAAGAGGAUUGUUUAUUUGGUAGGAUAACCAAUAUAUGAUGAAUAGGAAGGAAUAAUUUGAGAAAUUUCGUAUUUGGAGGACUACAUUUUUAAUUCUAAUUUUGCGUUGUAAUCAAACUGUGAUUGAAAUUAAAGGGAAAAUAUUGGACAAGAAUUGAUUCAAAAACUCAUUUCUUGAAAAAAAAACUUUAUAAGCUCUUAUUAAUAAUACUGUAAUUUUGAACUGUUUGCUCGAUUGCUUCCCAUUUCAAUAUUAUAUGAAAAAUAUUGUUUGAAAAACUGAGGUUUUUAAUAAUAUUUUUCAUUAGAUGGAAGUUUUUCAAUUUUAUUAUCUGGAGGUUUCAUUAACUCAAAUCUAGUAGACUAACGUUGUCAUUGACUGACAAACUUGUGACUACGCAAGUAUUUAUUUGUUACAUUCCAUUCAAGUCUCCCGAUAAUUCAGCAUUAUUGAAAUAUCAAAGCCUUCAAAACAAUGUACUGUAGUACUUUUAAAUUUUCAGACAUUUAUUGGGUAGGAGAUUUGUACAUAAAAAGUUGAUCAUCUAUUGAUGCAGAAUUGUAAAUAAACAAUAAUCUUUCUCUCAUUAUAUUCGAAUUAUAUACUCAAUAGUAUAACUACCAUAUUUGUAAAUAUACAUGAAUGCCAUGAUUCAAUCGAUAUAGCAAUGUAAAGAUUAGGACAUUUUUUAAAUAAAUCUUUUUACAUUUACUACUUCUCUUUCUCUGAAAAUUCAUCUCUCUUAAACAACAUUUACUAUAUUGGAGUAAUAAACUUUAGAUUAUAUUAAAUUUCGUACUGAGAGUAUUGCAAAAGUAUUUUUAUACUACACUUAUAUUACCUGGACUUGUAGGCUAUGAUCAUUUCGAGUCAUUUCGAGAAAAUAGUGAUUGUCAGGAGUUUUCUUCGAUUUGGAAAUUGUCAAUCUUUCUAUUUUUUAUUUCAAAUAUUUAAUUUUUAUUUCAAACAAAAAGGUUCUGUCCGCUUGGUGAUGGUUGGGUAUUGUAAUUCAGACUUUCAGUUAGCAGACAAAUUAUUGAAGUAUUUAUCAACUUUUCACGGUUAUAUCAUAAAAUUCUCUGAAAUUUUCAAACAACUUGAACUUUUUUUGAGUCAGCUUCCUUUGUCUCUUAAACUCUUCAACAUGGAAAUCGAUUUAUCAAGUUUGUUUUGAUUCAAAUUUAUUUGACAUAAUAUCUGACUCAUUCUCGGGCCAUUCCCGUGUUCCGGAUGGACACGUUAAGCCGUCGGUCCCAGCUGCCUGAAAAACAGUUGUGAGGUCAUGUCAGAGACCCUGAAAUUGAUCAGUUGCGACCUGAACACUCAGACACCAGACCUGAGCCAGCCAGGUCACUCGAUAUUAUUAUUAUUCUUCUGUCCACAUAAAUACAUUUCAUUACAGUAUCAAUGGAUAUUUCUCUUGAUUUCCUACUUGACAAGUUUUCACAUUUGUUUUGUUAUUACCCACCCUUGAGUCAGUUUUGACUCUAGAAAUAUUUUUGAUCAUAAAUCAGAAUAUUCAUGGAUUUUCGAAAGAUUUAUAGUCAUAUAUUCGGCUGUAAUUGUAAAGAUGUUGAAUCCUAGAGGCAAGACUACAGUAUCGUACGAGCAAAAUACUUUGUUCUACAUACAAUACACCUUAUAUUACGCAUAAGUUCAAUUUUUGAAAAAAUUUCCCUUCUCAUAUCCUGUUCCAUCUUGAUAUUGUGAUGUUGAAUUAAUUCUCUCAUUAUUAUAAGAUUUGAAUUCCAUUUCUGAAAACUAUUCCCUUUUAAUUCUUUCAAUAUCACUCAGGAAAACUCCUUUCUUCUCAUUGCAUAAAUUAUUGUUUCUAUGAAUAUUCAUAAUUUGAAUAUUGAACUCUAUCACGAACAAUGGUUUUAUGCAAUGAAAGUAUUUCUCUGCUAACUGAAAGUAGUAUUAAUAAAAAAAUGUCGUACUUAAUUUCCAUCUGAUUUGUGAAUUAUUAUCAUGAUUGUAAAUACAAUUAUAUUGUUUUAUUUUUUUAAAUUUUCUCAUUUUGGAAUGAAAAUUGAUGUCUUGAAUUAGAUUCAAAUUGAUUCACAUGUUGUGUUUUUAUCAUGAAGCCACUGGCACCUUGGAUUUUAAUUUACUACACAAUUUAUUUAUUGGUUGUGAAAUGUAUUCAUUUGAACUAUGAGAAAAAAUCGUUUUGUAUAAUUACUUGUUCUCAUUAUCCUAUUCUUUGAUUUUUGAAUGUAUUCUCACCUUAUAUUGAGUUCAUAUGACAAUGUAAUUUGAUAAAACUGAUGUAUUCAUAGUUAUCAAAUUUGAAUUUACUCAUGUACCGUAAUUUGAAAUAUAUCUUUCAUAUCUGGAAAA